AUGCUCGAUGCAGCAUCAGGUGGAGCUCUAUUGACUAAGAGCUAUGAUGAAGCUUAUGAGUUGAUUGAGAUGAUGGCCGCGAAUGAAUAUCAGAAUCCUAAUCAGCGUCUUCAUCAGGUCAAGGCAGCAGGUGUUCUAGAUGUUGAUGCUACUACAGCCUUGACUGCUCAAAUUAAGGCUCUUACUAUGAAGAUAGAUUCCUUAGCUAACUUGGGAGUUCAACCACCACCUAAUGUUUGCGAGCUUUGUGCGGGUGCACAUUCUUCUGAUCAGUGUGCUAUAUCUAGUGAAUCUGCUCAGUUUGUGAGCACCUUCCAGAGGUCUCAGCAGCCAGCACCAGCCACUUAUCAUCCCAAUAACCGGAAUCAUCCGAAUUUCAGCUGGAGCAACAAUCAAAAUUUCAUGCAACAACCGCAGCAACAGUUUCAGCAGCAAGGAGCUGGACCUUUCAACCCUUCUGGUUUUCAACAACAAUUUGCAUCGAGGCAGCAAUUCCAACAUCCUGGAUUCCAGCAACAAAAUCAUGGGGUGGCUGGACAGUCUUCCAACGAAAGAUCAGAAUUGGAAGAAUUAAGACUUAUGGUUAAAAGCCAAUCGGUGUCAAUCAAGACUUUGGAGAAUCAGAUUGGGCAAAUUGCUAAUGCGUUGAUUAAUAGACCACAAGGAACUCUUCCUAGUGAUACUGAGGCCAAUCCGGGUAGGAAAGAGGUGAAGGAACAGGUACAAGCUAUCACCUUGAGGUCCGGAAAGGUUACGAAGGAUAAAGAAUCAGCAACAGAGCAAAACAAGGAAGAGAGUGAUCAACAGGUUGAAACACCCGUGCUCUCGUCUAAGUCAGAUAGUGGAAAAACUGUUGUUGAAGCUGAUAAGAAUAAAAUCAACGAGGAAGCAAGCAAGGAUUCAGCCGAAAAGUCUAGUCCAAAAGCUGAUGUUGGGGUCAAGCAAGUGUAUCCACCUCCCCCAUUUCCGAAGAGACUUCAGAAGCAUAAGCUCGACAAACAAUUCGCUAAAUUUCUAGAGGAGUUGGAGACUGUGGCGUUGACCGAGGAGUGCAGUGCGGUGUUACAGCAGAAAUUGCCUCCGAAACUUAAAGAUCCCGGAAGUUUCACAAUCCCGUGUACUAUUGGCAAGUUAUCUUUCGACAAGUGUUUGUGUGACCUGGGAGCUAGUAUCAAUCUGAUGCCGUUGUCUGUCUUCAAGAAACUUGGGCUGCCGGAGCCGAAACCUACGAACAUGUCAUUACAACUGGCUGAUCGGUCCAUCACAUACCCGAGAGGUAUAGUGGAAGAUGUCUUGGUUAAGGUGUUCAACGCAAUGAAAUUUCCAACCGACGAAGAAGAAUGCUUUAAGGUGGAGCCACUAGAAGCUGUUGAAAAGUCUAAGAUGGAGGAAAAGCCAAGGCCAUGUACCUUAGAGAGCGUCUUAACAUGGGAUUCUGAUUUCGAGGAUGAAGGAGUAGAAGAGCUAAGAAAUUUUCAGGAGCAUCUUAAACCAUCUAUUGAAGAAGCUCCCAUAAUCGAACUCAAACUACCACCGGAUCUCUUAAGUGAUGUGCAGUUUAGAAGGUUGUCACGGCGCAUAGAUUACAUGCAUGACAUUCACCACCGUUUUGCAGAGGAUUUGACUCAGGCUCUUGGGAGUGCUUUUCGAGCCAUUGGUGUUGAGGUUGAUUGGCCAGUGUUUGGAGAUGGCAUGGUAUAUUCACCACCUGAUCCUCCACCCGAGGAGGGUGUUCCUCCCGACAUAUAG